UCGAAUUCUAGAAUUAUACAUAAAUAUAGAGAAUCAUGAAGUGGAAAGCUCUACUUCUUUUGCUUCAGUUGCUUGGUAACUUGGAUUUGGGUCAGUCCAUUUGGUUUCCCUGGUACUUCCAGCGCUACGGACUAGCUCCUCACUCCGCUCGACAUGGCGGUCAGAAGAACAAGACAGGAUCGACUUGUCCGCCUGGCUAUGAACCCAAGUCUUCAUCCGCAAAGUUGACUGGAGGCAUGGCGGGCUGUCAACCAGCAGCAGGAUCCAAAGACUCACCAUCAAAACGCCUUUGCGAUGAUAAUCCCGUGCUUAUGCAGUUGGCUCGCCUUUAUGUAGUCAGUCCCGAGAGGAUCAUCCUGCUGCUGGCACAACCCUCUCUUACCGAUUCCUGCGCCGAAAUCUUGGAUGUGCUCGGGAAAAUAGGAUCUUCCAUGCGUAAUUGUGUUCUGGCUCCGGAUAAUAUUUAUGGCAAGUUAACGGACGGAUUGAGCUACUUCCAAGCGGAGGUUUGUGAAGGUGGCGAUGGCAGCAAUCGGAAGAGAUGCACUGGACUCCAGGAGUCGCACAACUGCAUCCGGGAACUUCGUACGGACAUGAUCGAGUGCGAGGCUCCGGCGGAUUGGUACGAACGUCGGAAUGCCACCAAGGUGUGCCACAUCUUCAACGAUGUCCUGGACUGCUAUUAUACUAGGGCAGCCCUCCUGUGUGGCAUCGAGGUGGCCAAGCAGCUGAGAUCCUUUGCUGGGGACAGCAUGGGCAGAGCCAUGAUCCACAAGUGCGAAGUAAAGAAAAGGUUGCCCAGGGUGGACAAUGCCAUGCCCAUUCAAAUGGCGAGCGGAUUUGCAAUGUGUAGUUCUUGUAAUUUGUUUCGGAUGUUCAUUGUAUGUUGUGCUUUUAUGGUUAUAUUUGUUAUAUAAAAAAUCUUGGUUAUCUGUACAAAAAA